GGUCGUUUGGUUUCUGGUCUCUGCGAGGUGCGGCUGCCCCCCACGUUUAGUUCGACGGACUUCCACAUAUAGGGGGGAUAUAUGCUUUAGCUCUUCGGCGACGGAUUCAACGCUGCCAUGACGACCCUUCUGAUAUUCCUCGUAACAAUCAUUUCUCUACUUAUAUGGAAAGUCCGGAAAAUUUUCUCCUAUUGGGAAGACAAGGGGAUUCCUCACCAAGGAUUCUGGCAGUACAUGCGCGUCGUCUACGAGCUGUUCACAAAGCCACUGCACGUCAGUGUGAUUGAUGACUACAAGAAAUAUGGACGACUGUACGGAUCUUACCAGGACAGGGACCCUUGUCUAGUUGUAGCAGAACCGGACUUGCUGCGUGAAGUUUACAUCAAGGAUUUCUCUUCAUUCGUCGACAGAGUGCAUCUUCGAGCUGACGAACCCCUUUGGGACCGUUCCCUUCUUUUAAUCCACGGCGAGGAUUGGAAGCACAUCAGAAGUAUUUUCAGUACUGCGUUCACGACGACGAGGCUCAAAGCGAUGGUACCCAAGGUUGUCCGUGUCAGCAGCCGGUCAGCCGAUGCAUUGCUGGAGCACGCUACUAACAAGGAGCCAGUGGACAUGCACGGCAUUCUCCUGAAGUCAUCACUGGACGCAAUAGCUGCUGUGGCAUUCAAUGCUGAUAUGGACAGCAUCAGAGACCCCAAUAAUCCCUUCAUGAUGAACUACUUCAACAUGUUCGGAGGAGCUGGAGCCUGGAAGACAUUGUUGUACUUCAAAAUGCCACGUCUCUUCAAGCUCUUAAGGCUGUCAAUACUUACCAAAGAAUACUUGGAGAAGUUCUCUUUCUUUGUGAGACGGAUCAUUGAAGAACGCUUGCAAAACGAAACUAAAUUCAAUGACCAGCUUCAAAUAUUCCUCGAUGCACUGGAGAAGGAAGCAGCAACUGGGAAAAAGGGAGAACCACCGGAGAAUUUAUCCAGCGGUAAAGGCAUUUCCUUGGACGACACUGUGGCUCAAGUGCUCACUUUGCUGCUCGGCGGGACUGACACAGUAGCUUCGACUCUCGUCUACGUGUUCUACAACCUUGUUCUUCGCCCGGAAUGUCAAGAGAAGGUCAUCGAAGAGAUCGACCGUGUCAUCGGAAAAGAGGAGGUGACCUACGAAAAGUUGCAGUCCUUGGAGUACCUGGAGGCUGUGAUCAACGAAACGCUCCGGAUCUACACACCGGACUCAUUCAUAAUGCGGUAUUGUACGAAGAAGACGACACUCCAGGGAAUACGACUGAAUCCUGGAAACGUCAUUUAUAUUCCUUUUCAAGCAAUACACAUGGAUCCUGAAUUCCACGAUGAACCAGACACAUUCAAGCCUGAAAGAUUCCUUCCCGAAAAGAAAGACUCCAUUCUUCCAUUCACAUUCAUGCCCUUCGGAGCUGGUCCACGCAAUUGCAUAGGCUCCCGUCAAGCAAUGAUUCAGCUGAAGAUUUUUAUGGUGUGCAUCUAUCAGAAGGUCAAGUUUGAGCGAUGCAGCGAAACCAUAGACCGCCUGGAACACAAACCUGGUUCUAUGCUGCGUGAGCUCCGUAAACCGCUCAAGCUCGGUGUGGUUCGACGAUGAUGACGUCUACCUGCAGCCAUACCCAACAUGGGACAUUCGCUCUCCCGCAAGCUUUGUUUGACAUUUUGGUCAUCUUGCAUUUGUGCGGCAAUGUAUCACAAUGAGUGCCGUGACGAAGGCCAUUGUUUUGUACGUUAUCUUGUAAGAGAAAGCACUUGCAAUUA